GGCUAGUCUGGAUUUUGGGUGACAGCACCGUUCGCUCAUUCACUUAUCAGCGAUGAAAUAAUGAAUAGCACGGACUGCACCGCAUGGGAAGCGCAGAAGUGUGCCUCCGAUAAGUGAUAUUGACAUGAAGAAGGACAUAGAGGUGUUGAUAGCAGAAGAACGUGCAGAGAUUAUCUCAAAAUAUGAUAAGGGCAGGGAAGAUGGUGUUGAGAUCGACCCUUGGGAGGAUGCAGACUAUAGCAUUUACAGGUCCACAGAUCGUUUUGGCUUCCUGCAUGAGGAAGAGCUCCCUACACCAACGGCCCUUGAAGAGAAGCAAAAGCAGCAGGAAAUCGAGCGUGUGCAGAAAUGGCUGAAGCUGGUGAAGAAAUGGGAGAAAUACAAGAGCAGCGACCGGAUGAUGAAGCGGGUUUACAAGGGGAUUCCUCUGCAACUGAGAGGCCAGGUCUGGAGUCUACUAUUGGAUGUGGAGAAAGUCAAGAAGGAGAAUGAGAGGAAAUAUGAGAAAAUGAAAGAGCAAGCCCGGCUCUACUCCACAGAAAUCAAGCAGAUUGACCUUGAUGUGAACAGGACCUUUCGAAACCAUAUCAUGUUCAUGGACCGACUGGGAGUAAAGCAACAGUCACUGUUCCACGUGCUCAGCGCAUACUCCGUAUACAACACGGAGGUGAGUUACUGCCAGGGAAUGAGUCAGAUAGCUGCCAUUCUUCUGAUGUAUAUGAAUGAGGAAGAUGCAUUCUGGGCUCUGUCACAGCUGCUGACCAAUCAGAAACAUGCCAUGCAUGGCUUCUUUAUUCCUGGUUUUCCCAAACUGCAGCGAUUCCAGAACCACCAUGACCAGAUACUGUCCAAACUUAUCCCCAAGCUGAAAAAGCAUCUGGACAAGGAGCAGAUGUCCAGUGGGAUUUACAGCACCAAAUGGUUCCUGCAGUGUUUUAUUGACAGGACCCCUUUCACCCUGACCUUACGACUGUGGGAUAUCUUCAUCUUGGAGGGAGAGAAGAUGCUCACAGCCAUGGCCUACACCAUCCUGAAGCUGCACAAGAAGCGCCUGACCAAGAUGCCGCUGGAGGAGCUGAGGGAGUUCCUGCAGGAAAAGAUCGCCGAGUCCUUGGACCUUAGCGACGACGCCGUCAUCGAGCAGCUUCAGAUCUCCAUGGCGGAACUGCGCAAGAUGAAGCUGGAUCUUCCUUCCCCAGCCAAACCCGAUGAGUUGCCAAGAAAACCCCUGGGUCUGGAGCUGCCCGUGGUGCUGAUGCACAUGCAGCACCCCAAACACAGCCCGGCGGAGGACACGCCUGACAAAAGCCAGCUAGCCAAGCAACCCCCAGCCUCACUCAACAUCCACCUGGACCAGGACUCCAUCCUGCCAGAUCAGAGCUCCCAAGACAACAAGCAGCCCUACAAGGAUGGGGAGAUGCGUAGCCUGUCACCCUUUCCCUCUCCUGACCCGGUCCUGGUACAUAACCAGAUGUCCUUCGCCCCAGAGGGAACUAUCGGUGCUCCACAGGAUGGAGGUGAGCAGCCUCCCCCAUACGAGCCUCCCAGAAACGGGCUGCACUCGCUGCCACCUCCCGUACUGGACGAGAAUGCGGGCGGAACUUCAGCAGAACCGGAAUCCUCACAUGCACAUCAGGACUUCGUGCAGUCAGCAGAGGGCAAAGACACCCCGUCACUGUGUGCAGCCUCAGCUCCAGAGCCUCAUCUGCCCUCCAGUAUCUCCCAACACGAGACCCUACUGGAGUCAGGCAUAAUGGGAAGGGAGAACUGGUCUGGGGACAGUCUGGCUGAACGUUGUGCUACGCUGACCCAGAAUGCCGAGGCUGCUCUCGGUCCCCUGCGCUCAUCCUCUGCACCACACACUGGAUUAUCCCCAGCUGGAAGGAGGCUGCCCACUGUUCACUCGGACCCACGGUUUGAGCGCACUGCCCGUGCCAGUCUGCCAAAAUCAGACACAUUUUAGAUCACCAUUUUGCAAACCAGCCACUCUUGGCACUCAACUUACAUAAGGCGUUUAGAAGUUAGAUUUAUACAGUAUCACUGCUGUAAGCGAAAGGUUCUAUGAUCUAGGUAAAGGAUGCCACAGUUUGCAACAAAUACUUAAAGGAAAAAGGCAAUGAAUAUUGUAAGGAUGAGGUACAACGUACUGUCCAAUGUUUCUGAAAAAAAUUCUGAACAAUUUCCAGUUUUCAUGAAGCAGCUAUGAUUUAGUACAUCAGUCCUUAGAUCUUUCAUUUUAAGAAUCUUUUUUUUUUUUCCUUUGAUAGAAAUAUGGUCUUAAUCUAAUCAGAUAAGCUUGAGCAGUUUAUUUGAUUAGAGGUUAAAGUAAAACAAAUUGAAAAAUAUUGAAUGUUUGAAGGUUUGGGACAUAUUCACAUCCUAAGUUCAAAGGUCACUCCAAAAUGUGAGUGUAUCUAAAACGUACUGCAAAGAACAGUCCAUGAAAUCUAAGUGAGCUGGCUCACUGCUUUAGACACAUUUGUCAGCAUAUAUGGUAGCCUACGAUAUCCUUAAAUACAGCUUUCUCUUCAUUCUUUUUUUUAUCUCAUUUCAGUCUUGGUAGGAAAAUCUUGUUGAUACCAUCACUGAAAAAAAAAAAUUAUUUCAAUGAUUAUCAGCCAUUAAUACAAAAGGCCUUUCAUUUGACAAAAUGAUAUGUCAUAAAUAUGUCAUAAACAUGACUUGAUGUUUAUUCUAGCCUCAUUAAAAAGAUUUUAAAAAUGUGCAAUGUGACACAAUGUGCUAUAUCAAAGAUUUUAAUGUAGAGUCUUGCAAAAUAUUGCUAUCACAAUGUUUGUUAAUUAAGGUCUUAUAUGAGGCGGCACAUUUACAGUAUUUUGAUGUUGAUACUUUCUUUGUCAAAAACUGAACCAAGCAUGUUAAGGAAGGAAUUUAGCCAGUGCUACAUGCUGGAACAUUCAGGAUUAUAUGAUUCCAAAUGAAUUCUAACCAAGCCUUUGUGUACAGUGUUCAAACAUGAUUUUCAUUGAUGUGAGCAUUUUGUAAAUUAAGUUAACAAGCUUUUUUAAAGUAUCGUCUUUUAAUGCUUGUAGGCUUUUGUAUUUUAAGACAUUUUGACACUUUGUACAGAAAAAAUUAUAUUUAUACUGGAACCAUAUUGAAUUUACAA